GCGUGGCUCGCUUUUGAAGAGUCAAAUCGAUCGUCAAGGACCCCAAAUUCAUUAGUUAAAACCCUAACUCUCCACAGUAUCGAAGAAAUCUCUCUCUCCGACGGCUUCUCCGAAAGCAAACCGGUAGAAGAUAUCUGUGCCGCCGAUGAAUUGUUUGUGAUCACGGAGGAAGCCAUAUCGGGAAAAUUUUGAUUAGGUUCAGCGAGAUUUUUAGUGAAGCCUGUGAUUUUAGAAUAAGAUAGCAAUGAAGAACGUUGAGCGAAUUGCGAAUGUAGCUUUAGCAGGGUUAACUUUAGCACCACUUGUUGUGAAGGUAGAUCCAAACCUAAAUGUUAUUUUGACUGCAUGCCUCACAGUUUAUGUGGGUUGCUAUAGAUCUGUCAAGCCAACUCCACCUUCUGAGACAAUGUCUAAUGAGCAUGCCAUGCGGUUCCCUUUUGUUGGGAGUGCAAUGCUGUUAUCCCUAUUUCUUCUUUUUAAGUUUCUAUCCAAGGACUUGGUUAAUGCUGUAUUGACGUGCUACUUCAUUGUGCUUGGGAUCGUUGCUCUUUCGGCAACAUUGUUACCUGCUAUUAAACGUUUUUUGCCAGAGCAUUGGAAUCAGGACGUUAUCACCUGGCAUUUCCCAUAUUUCCGCUCUUUGGACAUUGAGUUCACAAGGUCUCAGAUCGUUGCUGCAAUCCCUGGAGCCUUUUUCUGUGCAUGGUAUGCUUCGCAGAAGCAUUGGCUAGCUAACAACAUAUUGGGGCUUGCUUUCUGCAUUCAGGGAAUUGAAAUGCUUUCUCUUGGCUCAUUCAAGACUGGUGCCAUUCUUUUGGCUGGACUUUUUGUAUAUGAUAUUUUCUGGGUUUUCUUCACUCCAGUUAUGGUCAGUGUUGCAAAAUCUUUUGAUGCUCCUAUAAAGCUUUUGUUCCCUACAGCAGAUUCUGCUCGACCAUUUUCCAUGCUUGGACUUGGCGAUAUUGUAAUACCUGGUAUUUUCGUAGCAUUGGCUUUGCGAUUUGAUGUGUCUAGAGAGAAAGACAGCCAGUAUUUUAAGAGUGCUUUUCUGGGAUAUACUGCUGGUUUGGUUCUUACAAUUAUUGUCAUGAACUGGUUUCAGGCUGCACAGCCUGCACUUUUGUAUAUUGUGCCCUCUGUUAUUGGAUUUUUGGCUGCUCAUUGCAUAUGGAAUGGCGAAGUCAAACCGUUGUUGGAGUUUGACGAGUCUAAGACUGCUAGUUCAUCCCAAGAAAGCAGUGAUGCCAAUUCUAGCAAGAAGGUGGAGUAAGUUGAAAAGCAUUGGGCUCGGAGUUUUCCACCUCAAGAGAGAAAUACACUGCUAUUCUAUGAGGAAAUACCAUAUGCAUUUUAGAGUUUAAUCGCGGCUAACAUAUGCAAAUGAACGCCACAUUAACGUGUUUUGGGAUUAAGGAAGAGAUAAUAUUUUAGCCUCUUAUAACAAUACAACCCCGUUUUUAA